UAGUUUUAGUAGUAAAAUAAGGAAUUCUUUUUUUACGGUUAGUCGGUACCUAACAGAUGAAUGUUUGAGUUGGCUUGAAAGUACGGCAGGAACCAACCACAGGUAACAUUUGUACCCGUCCAGCGCGUAAUGAAUCACAAACACCGACAACUUCAUUACCAUACAUGUACUCAUUAAAUGUAAAUAAAAUAAAGUAGUUUUGCGGAGCACCCGGAGCCGAAACCUGCAGAUUGUGCACAUGGACGUGGAGCCCCGCUGCAAGCUAAAUCAUCAUCAACAGCCCGUGGAGUCCACUGCAGGACUCAGGUUUAAAGAUCACAGUAUAAAAGUAUCAGGUUUAUCCGAGAGCGCAGCUCGCGAGCCCGGCCUCUGUUCAAGCGUAGUCCCAUAAUCGGUAAUGUAAUAGGGGUGGUUGAAAGUAUAUGUAAUUGGCGAGCAAGUACAAUGUGGCCAAUAAAACCAAAUAUGUGGCUGUGUGCAGUGAUUAUACAGUUCAGCAAAUAAUUUACCAGAAAUCCGUCGGAAGUGACAAACGACUGACAACUGCGCUAUCUGAAGCCAUUACAGUAGUGGCUUGUUAUGUUAGUAGCGACGGAACAAGCCAACAACAUUAACAAAAACCUUAUGAUUUAUAUAAAUACACAAUAGCCGUGCAUAAUAAAUUGCUUGCUAAAUUCACAUCAGUCGCCCCGCGCCCGCGCACCACGCGCGGUACAACGCAGAAGGUUCAAACUGUCGAGAUUUUUUUUUAAUAAUUACGAAUUUUGUACGACAAGACAAAUAAUUAGUGCACUGAAAUUGUGUAAGCUCAAAAUAUGUACACAGGUAACUAUUACACAGGCAACACAUUGGUUUUGUUUAAACAUUCGCCAAUGAGUGCGACUAUUAUUGUGAGCGGUAGUUAUUGGAUGUGAUCAAGAGUGGAUCUUCUCGCGCCGUGUAGGUGUGGGCGCGCGUCCGUGGUUCAGUAUCAAGGGUAUAGUUCGGGCGAUGGUCGGUGUUGUUUAUAACGAAGAGUUACGUAAGCGCGGGCGCAGUGGUGGGCAUGCGACGCGCGCGGAUGGCGGCGCUGGCGACCACGACGCUCGGGCUGGCGGCGCUGGCGCUGGCCGCGCCCCCGCCCCCGGACUCGCUCUCCGUGCUGGGCGCCAUACUGCCGCCCUUCCUCAGCGCGCACUUCGACGACCUGGUGAAGGCCGCCGCAGCAAGCUGCGAGGCGGUGCCCCAGCAGUUGCUGUUCUCCCGCACGCGGACCCUGGAGCUGCCGGCGACGCAGGUGGUGAAGUUCUGGCGCGGCGGGCGGCGCGCGCUCAGCGUGGCGGCGGCGCGCGCGCGGCUGCGGCCCUCCGACGCGCUGGUGCUGUACGUGCCGGGCUGGUGGAACACGCCGGACGAUCCCUCCUCGCAGGCCAUCGUCAACGCACUCAUGACCAAGCACUCCUCCGUGCACCUCCUCGACACUCGACUGUCUUUCUGUAGAGGUUACGUCACCGCCGUAUCUAACGUACCUCCCCUCUCGCAUUUACUUUUCGGUUUCAUAAAGAAGUUACAUAAAUCAGGAUACCCGGUGUCAUCGAUCCACCUGAUAGGCUUCAGUUUGGGAGCACAUGUCGCCGGGUUCACUGGAAAGUUGGUGAGAAAUAAACUAAACACGACACUGGGCCGGAUCACAGCGCUGGACCCUGCGCGGCCGUGCUUCGCGCGGCCCGAGUACCGGCUGGCGCGGGACGACGCGCAGUUCGUGCACGUGAUACACUCCAGCACCGGCGUGCUCGGCAUAGAGGAGCCGCUGGGGCACGCCGACGUGUAUGUGAACGGCGUGCGCGGCCGCCAGCCCGAGUGCCAGGACAGGAGCAUCAGCCUCGAGUGCGACCACGCCCAGGCCUGGAAGCUUUACUCCGCUUCAGCGGUCAACGAAAAGUCGCUAAUGGGCCGGCGAUGUUCCAGUUGGGAGGAGCUGCUGCGGGACGAAUGCAGCGGCAACGAGACGGCGGUGGGGUACUCGUGCAGCAGCGACGAGCACGGCAUGUUCCUCUACAAGUCUAAGUACAAGCCCGCCGCGCCGGAACCACAGCUGCAAGUGUUCAACCCGUUCAACUUACUGCGGUGGCCAUUCCGAGGCGCAGAGACGUGACGAUGUAAUAAACCAAUAAACCACUGGCUACAAGGUGCUCCGCGAGGGUCCAACAUAAAGAAGACGAGAUCUGCUCGAUCGUGUGGGCACCGGCUGCCUCGCUGCUGUGUAAUAUAUAAUAUUGUGAUUCUGUCUGUGAUAUUAGAUGCCUAACCUAAGUGAUUGUUUGUAAAAUAUUGAUGUUUUAUUUGUUUUAAACCAUAUCAAAUAGCA